AAGCGUAAAAGGCAAACGGUACAUGGAAAAAUAAGUGCAUUAUUCGAUUCAUAAUACAUAAAUUCCGCGCACAAGAACAAAAACAAAGUAUUAAAUUGAUGAACAACCGUGCGUGGCAUAUAUUUCUCGUUUUAAAUAUUAUGUGUGGCAAAUAGCACACCUAAAUUCUCAACACACACACACACACGCUCACUUUUUGUUACACACAACAGAAACAAAAUCGCCAUUGAGCAGAGUCUGGCCUUUUACAUUUGGCGAAAAGAGCAGAAAAUCAAAAGCAAAAGUGGAUUCUUUUGCCUAAAUAGCAAAUGCUCUCAUUUUAGAGCCCUAGACGGAUGUCACGCAUAUUCGAGCUUAAUGGCAUAGACGAACUGUUUGCAACAUAUGCGCGGCAUGAAAUUGUGUUAAGUAUACGCUUGGAUCAAUUGAGUUUAAGCAACAGCAGCAGUGACUGCCACAGCAGCCAAGGCUAACAAUAAAAUAUCAGAAGAAAGAAAACAAUUGCAAUGUCUUUGUCAACGGCAAGAACAUCGCCGAUCACACAAAUGGAGCAACAGCCGAAUUCACGAGCCAAUAUCGUUAAGGAGGGCUGGGUAAUGAAGCGAGGCGAGCACAUCAAGACUUGGCGACAACGUUACUUUGUGCUACGCGCCGAUGGCACAUUAAUUGGCUAUCGUACCCAGCCUCCACAGAAUACACAGGGCGAGCAGAUUCUCAACAAUUUCACAGUGCGUGGCUGCCAGAUAAUGACAGUGGAUCGCCCGAAACCCUAUACAUUCAUCAUACGUGGUCUGCAGUGGACGACUGUGAUUGAACGCACAUUUGCCGUCGACUCGGAGCUUGAGCGUGAACAGUGGACCGAGGCGAUACGCAAUGUGGCCAGUCGGUUAAGUGAAAAGGGUGAUACAUAUACGUCCCCAUCGUCACAAAGCGACAUGGGAGAUGUCGAUAUGGCGAGCAUUGCCGAGGAGGAGCUAUCCGAGCAGUUCUCCCUGCAGGGCACAACGCGUAACAGCAGCGGUGUCAAGAAAGUCACACUGGAGAACUUUGAGUUCCUCAAGAUGCUCGGCAAGGGCACCUUCGGCAAGGUGAUCCUGUGUCGCGAGAAGGCCACAGCUAAAUUGUAUGCAAUUAAAAUUCUCAAAAAGGAGGUCAUCAUACAAAAGGAUGAAGUGGCGCAUACGCUUACCGAAAGCCGCGUACUCAAGUCAACAAAUCAUCCGUUCCUUAUUUCACUCAAAUAUUCAUUUCAAACCAACGAUCGCCUUUGUUUUGUCAUGCAAUACGUGAAUGGUGGUGAGCUGUUUUGGCAUUUGAGCCAUGAUCGUAUCUUUACGGAGGAGCGCACACGCUUUUAUGGUGCCGAAAUAAUAUCGGCAUUGGGCUACUUGCAUUCGCAAGGCAUUAUUUAUCGUGACUUAAAGCUGGAGAAUCUAUUGCUGGACAAAGAUGGUCACAUAAAGGUUGCCGAUUUUGGUCUAUGCAAGGAGGACAUAACCUAUGGCAGCACAACAAAAACGUUUUGCGGCACACCGGAAUAUUUAGCGCCCGAAGUAUUAGAGGAUAACGAUUAUGGGCGUGCGGUAGAUUGGUGGGGCACGGGUGUGGUUAUGUAUGAAAUGAUUUGUGGUCGCUUACCAUUCUAUAAUCGUGAUCAUGAUGUGCUGUUUGCGCUUAUAAUGGCUGAGGAUGUUAAAUUCCCACGCAAUAUCACCGAUGAAGCGAAAGGUCUGUUGACUGGCCUAUUGGCUAAGGAUCCGAGUAAACGCUUGGGUGGCGGUCAGGAUGAUGUCAAGGAGAUACAGCGACAUCCAUUCUUUGCAAGCAUUAAUUGGACAGAGCUUGUGCUGAAAAAGAUUACACCGCCUUUCAAGCCUCAGGUUACAUCGGAUACAGACACACGCUAUUUUGAUGAAGAGUUUACUGGCGAAAGCGUUGAACUGACACCGCCAGAUCCUACAGGACCUUUAGGCUCCAUUGUCGAAGAACCGCUUUUCCCGCAUUUCAGCUAUCAGGGAGAUUUGGCCAACACUUUAGGCACCUCGUCGCACAUUAGUACUUCCACAAGUCUUGCAUCGAUGCAAUAGAACAAGCUACAUGUACGCAAAACUACACAUCAUGUUCUGCUUCAUCACUUAUACCUAUAACUAUAAUAUAUAGCUAUAUUGAGAUGGACAAAAAAUUGCGAGCAAAACCACAAAAAAAAAAAACAAAAAAAUCAAUUUCUAUCGAUAAAAUUAUACACCAAUUAUAACGAAGAUGAUUGAUAGUAACUUAUUUUUCAUAACUAGAACAACAAACAAAGCAACAGCCAC